GUUUUCAUUUUUCGUGUUCUGUUUCUCUGGGGUAGCUUAUUUAUUGGUUUCAUUAUGAUAUGGGGGCAAAGAAAGUGGAAGUCUUUCUUGUAACUUCAACAAAAAGCCUGAGCCGGUGUCUAUAUGACAGAACUUUCUGGGGUGGUGGUGGUGGUGGUGGUGAGGGAUCUGAGACGAAGGUGUUGAUGAUAUGGGAGCGUGUGUUUCAACUCCACAAGGGUGCGUGGGAGGGAGGUUGAGCUCUUCCAAGAAGAAAACGAGGAAGAGGAGGAGAGAGGGACUCAGGAGAAGAGUUACUUCACGGUUGUGUAAGGGAUCAUUGGACAAGGUUGAUGUGGCAGGGUUGCCUGAUUGUUCCUUUGCCAACCCCACUUUCCAAGGAAGUAUUGAAGAGGCAUGGUUUGAUUCGGUUGCAGUAUUUGACUCUGACUGUGAUGAUGAUUACCAGAGUGUUCCUGAUGAUGUUGUAUCUCUAAGUGGGAUUGAAGGAGGUUCUGUAUUGAGUUUUCCAUCUUCAAGAAAUGCCAACCAUGGAGUUUCCACAGAUCAAGUUCAGAAACAGGAGUUACAGACAAGCCAUUUUGCUAAUAUCUCUGAGGCUUCCAGAAGUUCAGAUGUCCAAUAUUCUGGUGUAGAUGUCAUUGAUUCUCCAAGUGAGCCUGUGUUCCUUGACGAAAUUUCCUCAGUGGACGCAAACUCCAACAAGGAUGAUGGACUUUUGGAUAACUGUGGGAUUCUUCCUAACAAUUGUUUGCCAUGUCUUGCGUCUACCAUUUCUUCUGUUGAAAAGAGAAGAUCAUCAAGUUCUAGUCCUCCUAAUGCAAGGAAGAAGACUGCUACAAAAGUUUCCUUCAAAUGGAAAGAAGGACAUGGGAAUGCUACUCUAUUUUCCUCAAAAACGCUUCUACAAAGACCAAUUGCAGGUUCUCAAGUACCCUUUUGUCCAAUUGAGAAGAAAAUGCUUGAUUGUUGGUCACAGAUUGAUGCAGGCACUUUCAAAGUUCGAGGAGUAAAUUAUUUCAAGGAUAAGAAAAAGGACUUUGCUCCUAACUAUUCUGCAUAUUACCCAUUUGGUGUAGAUGUUUUCUUGUCCCCACGGAAAGUAGACCACAUAGCUCGCUUUGUGGAACUUCCUGUUAUGAGUUCCUCUGGGAAAUUUCCUCCCAUACUAGUUGUAAACGUUCAGGUUCCACUCUAUCCUGCCACACUUUUUCAAGGAGAAACUGAUGGUGAAGGAAUGAGCAUUGUUUUGUACUUUAAACUUUCGGAAAGUUACUCCAAGGAACUUCCACUGCCUUUUCAAGAAAGCAUCAGAAGAUUGAUGGACGAUGAAGUUGAAAAGGUAAAGGGUUUUCCUGUAGAUACAAUUGCACCCUUCAGGGAAAGGUUGAAAAUUUUAGGCCGUGUUGUCAACUUGGAAGAUCUUCAUUUGAGUGCAGCAGAGAGGAAGCUUAUGCAAGCUUACAAUGAGAAACCUGUUCUUUCACGUCCCCAACAUGAGUUUUUCACGGGUGAAAAUUACUUUGAGAUUGAUUUGGAUAUGCAUAGAUUCAGUUAUAUAUCCAGGAAAGGGUUUGAAGCAUUCCUUGACAGAUUGAAGAUUUGCACGCUAGAUGUUGGCCUCACAAUUCAGGGAAACAAACAAGAGGAGCUGCCAGAACAUGUGUUAUGUUGUAUUAGAUUAAAUGGCAUUGAUUUCAUGAAUUACCAACAACUGGGGCUAACUCAGGAUCCCCUCUGAUAUAAAAAUAUAAAUAACACAAGCAUUUGCAAUCUCACAGUUUAUGAUUUAUAAUGGUAAUUUCUAGAA